AUGAAUAAAUAUUAGUCCUUUUCUAAUCCUGCUUAUGAACCAAUUCAGACACCUGCAACAACAAAAUACGACACAGUUUUUUCACCUUUGGUCUAAAACACUAAUUCCAAUGAAAAUAUCAAUUAGCUAAAAUAAGAAUCUAAUCAAAAUAAUCCCAUACGAAAAAGUGCUUAAUUUGGUAGUGAAGUAAGACAUAGUGCCAGAAGUUCAUUGAGUGAAAAGGAAUUGAGAGACAUUGUAAAACAUAAACGAUAUGUCGCUUGCAAUAUAUUUUGA